GUUACUUUGGUGCAUCUUAUUUUUAUGUUUUUAGAUGAAUGCCUUACAUUGGAUCAUUUUAGUUCACUGAAAAUUUCAAAAAAGCAACAAGGAACAUGGCUUUCUUUGGAUGGACGUUUUUUGUUCUGGCUUUUUUUUAUUUUCUAACUGUCUGCAGCAGGCCGACAGUUGUGCACUUGCGCAGCAUGGAMAGCUUCAUUCGAGCCGUGCAGCAGGUUGAGGACUCCAACCCAGGUCUGUCCCCCUUGACUCUGGUCCGAGCCCUGCGCAGGACUGCAGGCCACGAUGACGUCAUGACCAUUCAUUUCCUGGGUGCUUCCUAUGAUCUGAACGGCACAGAGCUUCUGGAGGAAUCGAUUCUGAAUGCAACGUCCUUCAGCUUUUUUGACAAGGCCAUCCACCACAYUGUGACGGACCACGGAGAAGAACGGGGGGUGGUCCUCGCUCCGGACGGCACCACCGUGGCCCUGGCGCCCUUACUGUUGGGGAUUGAAUCAGGGCUGAAAGCCAAGGCAGAGGGGACUCAAGCUGUUGGGAUUUUCCCUCUCACCCUCRGCAGGACGCUGGGCCUCUCGUUCCUCAGCCUUCAGGACCUCCCAGCCUUUCUACGUCUUGGGCCCAAUGGCUGCUGGGAUAACGUAGAGCACCCAAACGUGUACAAGCUGUCUCAGCCUGCCACUUUGGCCACAGACGCCAUAAUCAAUGGUGGUAUGGAUGGAGUUAUCCUGGGCAUGGACCUGAGUGGUCUACCUCCGUCUGAGCARCCCCGGAACCUCAGUGAGAUCUUAAAAUCGUAUUACAGUUUCACUCUGAGCAAGGAGCAGAGUCUGGACGGCGUGACSGACCACAUCAGUCCCAGGAGGAGGGAGCUCUCCAGAUCCCUGCUGGAGUCACUUGAUCUUCAGAACCAAGUCAUGGGGACACUAGCUUUGGUGUGGAAGCUGGAGAAGACAGAGUGGAUUGCUCAGGACACAGGGAUACAARAGGCGGUGAAGGAUGGAUUGCAGACAUUUGUACACAGAUACUGGGACUGCCCUCAGAUCAUCCCUCGCUGCCAGUGGGGGGCAAAAGCCUACCGRGGUACACCCAUCCCUCUGUCCCUUCCCCUCCAGUUUCUCUACAUUCACCAUACCUACGAGCCUUCAUCGCCCUGUUUGUCCUUUCCGAGCUGCUCUCGUGACAUGAGGUCCAUGCAGCGUUACCACCAAGAGGAUCGAGGGUGGAGGGACAUAGGAUACAGCUUCGUGGUGGGCUCUGAUGGAUACGUCUACGAGGGCAGGGGUUGGAACCACCUCGGCCGUCACACGAGGGGACACAACUCYAUCGGCUACGGCGUGUCGAUCAUCGGCAACUACACGGCCUCGCUGCCGUCUCGCCACGCCAUGGACCUGAUACGCCACCGGCUGGUGCGUUGCGCCGUGGACGGAAAGGGACUCGCCACCAACUUCACCAUCCACGGCCACAGACAGGCGGUGAACUACACUGCCUGCCCAGGAGACGCUUUAUUCUCAGAAAUUAGAAGCUGGGAGCAUUUCAGGGAGUAACAGAAUAGUUUCGACUAAUAUUUUUACAAAAAGGAUUCAUGAUGAAUCCAAAAUGAAUUUCCCCUUGAGGUAUUCUACAUGUGGAGCAACACUGAUUUUUAAAAGACAAAUUAUACACAAACCCACACACACAUUUAAUGUUAAACAAUCCUGAUAACCUGCAUUGUAUGUUGUAUUUAAAUUAAGUUAAUAAUUAUUGCCAAAAUGUUAAUGAUUUUCACUAUUUUAAGUUAAUUAGGUUCAUUAAUGAUGAUCCAGUCCUGGAUGUGUUGCUGUUGGAACAAACUAAACAAACUUUGUUUAAAUUACAAACUAGUUCAACAGAGAUGAAGGAAAACACUGAACUUAACUCUUCAAAAUCAAACACUCAAAAAAGAAAAAAAAAAAGAAAAAAAAACCCAACAAAAAAAUCUAACAGCGAGCUCUCUAAGUCAUAAUAAAAUAUAUGUCUCUUGGCUAUUAUGUUUUGUUUUUCAAACAAUGAAUCAAGUUUUACUUCGGCUCAGCUUUAAAAGAACAGUAUGCCCGGUCAGUUCAAACGGUGAAGUUUUAACCUUUAAAACUGAGGUGGGCUGCUCUGUUUGCAGACAACUCACAUGCAAAUCCCUUUCACUUCCCUCUCUCCAUAGGGUCAUUAUUGUCUGGUUGACAAAAUAAAACUAAUCAGGUGCAAAAACUGUAUUUUAAUAGUUUGAAAGAUGAAAACUGAUAUCCUCCUCUGCUUAUUUUUUAAUUCUUAUUUGACAAAGAUGAAUUUCUUCACUCAUCCUCUUGGCUCAAAUUGUAAAGUCACACUUUUUAGUUUAUAUUUAGAACGCUUCUUGGAUGAGUAUCAAACUCUUCUGAUUCCUGAACGACUCAUGUUGCCUUCUGGUCAGGGAUGAGUUUCUGUUUCAGUCAUCAAACAGAAACCAUCAUUAUUAUUAAUAGUGACCCCUAGAAGAGUUAAAAAUAUUCCACCCAAUGAGGCGAGAGUGCAUUGCUGCAGCCUCAUGUCUCCAAGGGCUGAAAGCUGAAAGUGAAAGUGAAACGAAUUCAGUUAUUCUAUAAAAUAAACGCCCCUGKUUUGAGUUUCAUACCUGCAGACUGAGGACUUUGUGCGGUAACUCUACAGUUAGGAGUUGAUUUUCUUUUAUUAAUGAUGUCAUUUUCCUUCAGCUGAGGCAGUAAUCACAUGCACAGGUAUACAGCAAUAAAUACAAAGAAAUAUUUACGUUAUUUUUUAAUUGUCUUUUGGAGGACAACACAGGAAGAGAAGAAAGGACAAGAUGGAGUGACCAUAAAAUGACAAUAAAUGAAAAUUGGUGCCAGCURUUUGUUUGUUAGCAAAAUAUCUCAUGAACCACUGGACGGUUCUUGAUGAAAGUCUCAGAAAGUAAUCUCUGGAUGCACAGCUACAACUGAUUAACUUUUGGAGUCACCCUCAGCUCAUCCUCCUUAGUCAGUUUUAYGGAUAGAGUUAAAACUKGGUGUGGUAGAAGCUGAACAUUAUUCACAACACAUUCUAUGAGAUUUAAAAAGUUCUCAGGAGAUCUAACAUUUACGAGUUUCUCAUAACUUUAUUUUUACUUUAUGUUUUACCGAACAGUAUUAAAAGUGUCUGAUUCUAAUAGUUUGAACCUUAGCAGAGGUUUUGGUUUUGCUGCAGCUGAAUGACAUUAGUAGGAGCAGAGGUUAAGUAGAGUUCAUGUAACCUGCUGUGCUGCUCAUUACCUGCCUUUGUGACGAACAAAAAGAAGUCGGACGCCGUGGAGCCGUUUGUGCAGCAGCACCACUGAUGCUGACAGUUUUUUCUGAAACUGCACACACACACACACACACACACACACACACACACACACAC